AUGGUGGGCUUCAGGCCUAAAGAAAGGGAGGUGGUGAUAGAGCACACCUCUUCAGGAAGUGACUGGUCUGACGUGGAUGAGGUCUCCACAGUCAGAUUCUCUCAGGAGGAGCCCAGCUCGCUGAAACUCUCCACAGUUCUGGAGCCUUCUGCCUUCCCCACUGACUAUGUCAUGUAUCCGCCUCAUUUGUACAGUAGCCCGUGGUGUGACUACGCCAGCUAUUGGACCAGCAGCGCCAAGCCUCCUGGUUACCCGGCCGUGGGCGGGGGCGGCAGCAGCAGCGACCCACUGCAGGCAGGGAGGGGCAGCCGGGCGCUCCUGAGUGAUUAUUCUCCUAACUCUACAGUGAGCUCCCAGAACACCUCCAGAGACCAGGAGGUGACCGAGGAAGGCAGAUCCCAGAACGCUCGUUCAUUUCGUUUCUCCAGAAGCUCAGAAGAAGAGGUGAAGGAGAAAAGAGCACUCCAGGAGGAGGCGCCACCCCGUCCCUGCGGAGGACACGCAUCUAGCUCCCUGCCAAGGAACCAUCGGGAGUCAGGCCUAGAGGAGGGUUUCAUUGAUACCCACUGUCACUUAGACAUGCUGUAUUCCAAGUUGUCUUUCAAAGGGUCCUUUACCAAGUUCAGAAAAAUUUAUAGCAGCUCCUUCCCUAAGGAGUUUCAGGGCUGCAUCUCUGACUUCUGUGAUCCUCGGACACUGACAGAUUGCCUGUGGGAGGAGCUGUUGAAAGAGGAUCUGGUUUGGGGAGCCUUUGGCUGUCAUCCUCAUUUUGCACGUUACUACAGUGAGAGUCAAGAGAGAAAUCUUUUGCAAGCAUUAAGGCACCCCAAGGCUGUGGCAUUUGGGGAAAUGGGCUUGGAUUACUCCUACAAGUGCACCACGCCUGUCCCGGAACAGCACAAGGUGUUUGAGAGACAGCUGCAGCUGGCCGUGUCUCUGAAGAAGCCCUUGGUGAUCCAUUGCCGAGAAGCUGAUGAAGAUCUACUGAACAUCAUGAAAAAAUUUGUGCCCUCAGACUACAAGAUCCAUAGGCACUGCUUCACCGGCAGCUACCCGGUCAUUGAACCCUUGCUGAAGCACUUCCCCAACAUGUCUGUGGGCUUCACGGCCGUCCUGACUUACUCUUCGGCCUGGGAGGCGCGGGAUGCUCUGAAGCAGAUCCCGCUGGAGAGAAUCAUCGUGGAAACGGAUGCUCCCUACUUCCUGCCCCGACAGGUUCCCAAAAGCCUCUGCCAGUACGCCCACCCAGGCCUGGCCUUGCAUACAGUUCGAGAGAUUGCGAGGGUCAAAGAUCAGCCGCUCGCGCACACCUUGGCCACCCUGCGUGAGAACACCAGCCGCCUCUACAAUCUUUAAGCAGAGCGGGUGCGGUCCGGAGAAAAAGGACAACCAGUGGCCUGACAGAAGAUGGGUCCCAGGUCAGGGAGGUGUCUGGAGAGCCUGCUGGAAUGAAGAAAAGCAGGACAGGAUGUUUGCCUACUUGGAGCUGGUCGGUGGGGUGGGGUGCAGCGGAGCGGGAUGCUGGUGAAGGGUUACCCCCAGGGCAGUCAGUGGAGAAGGAAGAGGCCGAAAGGAGGGCGCAGCACGUCUGUCAAUCCUGAUCCCCAUGCUCUGCAGCCUGCGGUUUUGAGCAGUCUUCACAGACACCCUCCUCCUCGUCUGAGCCCAUGUGGGUGUGUAACUUGGCUCCUGGUGGUUCUCGGUUCUAAAAAUGAACUCCCAAGUGGGAAACCUCCUCUGGGGGACGUUGGCUGGAGCCCCAUCUCGGAGGUUUCUGGUCCUGCCACCGCGAAGUCCUCCGCCACCUUCCUGGGACGAGUCUUCAGUUCGGCUGCCCUGUUGGCGCGUCGGCUCCGCUUGGGCAUGGGAGGAAGACCUCGGCUGCUGGCCUUGCUCCUUCCACUGCCAGUGGUAUGGAGGGGCUGGGGGUGCUCAUUGGCCGGGGAGUCCUGGCCGAUGGGGAUGGGACAGACCAGGGGACUCGAGGAAGAGGACCCCAGACAAGGGGUUUCUGCUUACUGGUGCCCCCAGGGCUGCAGCUCGCUUGUGUUAGACUGAGAACGGUCCAGUUUGCAGCAGAUGUGACCUCCUACUCUGCUGUCAGGGGCUCCCAGCUGCCCGUUGGUCCAUUUUUGCCCCAUUCCCCUGGAGCACUGGACCAAGAAUAUUUCUGUUUCAACCCAUGUGACAGCCCCCUGUGUGCCCCACCCAGGUUGAGAGGUAAACCAAUUUAAUUCUUCAAAACUCUGCCGGGGCUGCUUAGCCCCGGUCUCCGGCCUGUGCAGAGCAAGCAGGCCCGGUGUCUGCCUUCCAGUCCCCUCCCGGGGCUCUCCCUUGCCUUGGCCUCAUCCGUGUCCUUUCUCCGUGUUGGAAGUGGGAGGCUCUCCUUUGACUUUUGAGCAGUUGGGUCAUCAAGUUCUAAGCUCUGUUCUGUUCCCUGCUGGUAUAUCUGUUACAAGCCCUGGAAGGUUAUGGUCGGGGGUUAAGUGUGAGGACACUCUGCACUUUGUCCAAAAGGAUCCUUUACCUAGAGCUCCCACAGUGAGACAGGACACCCUGAGUCCCUUGUCUGUUUCUUGGAGGCCAGAGGCUUAAAUCGUAAGACCCAUCCCUUAAUGAUGGAUUUCUCUAGGUGUUUUCAGAAGGUGCAUUUGAGCCUUGUAAGUGAAAAGGGAAUGGACUCAAUAUUUCCUAUCUGGUAUUUCCGUCUCGCCCCGGUACACCCGUCACUGGCCUGGGAAGUAGGCCCUGAUUCACGUUCGACCUUCCACGGGUCAGCUGUGGGUUGUCUGUGCCUCCCGUUCGCCAGUGUGGGGAGUCGGGGGCUUGUUCUCCUGCUUGGAGGAAUCGGAGGACUGAGUGUUUCAGAGUGCUUUAUUGUCACCCCAACGAACUGCAGCCUGUCCAUCCCCUUCACCACGAGCCCCGGACGUUAAUACUGCCCACACCAGCAGUGGAUAGGCCUGCGCUGGAGGGUUCGGGGGGAGGACUGAGUGGAUGUCCCCGAGCCUGUGUGGCCUCCCUGCCAAGGUAAAGCACAAGGUGCUAUAUACUUUCACCUCUAGGAUUUAAGAUGGUCAUUUCUGUGUGUCACACAGUGAAACACGACUUGUGUGGGUGCGAAAGCCAGUGGGCAUUGUUUUUGAUUCGAUUUUUGGCUGGCUGACGUGAUUGUGUUUGCUGUGCUGCCGGAAUGCCUCUGUAUCUCCCCCACCCCCUGCCCCUUUUGGCCAUCUCUUUCUGAAAAUAAAGUGAUUGGUCUUCAGCCAGCUCCUGUGCUCUCCGUGUUUGGUCAGAUUUCUCAGAGUGAUGACAACAAGUUGUUGUAACCUGAGAAUCCAAAGGUCUGGAGAAAUUCUCGAGUGUACAUAUAUGUCUCUGCAAAAUUAAAGUGGUAAUAAUA